AUGGUCCUGAAGGAGAUACCAAGUAAGGCGUCAUCAGAAGGGAAGCCCCUCCUCACAGUGACUACCAAGCUGGUGAGUGAGCAACAAGAGAGCCGCCCGCUUCUGAGUCCUUCCAUCGACGAUUUCCUCUGCGAGACCAAGUGUGAUGGGCUUUCCCGCCCUGUGACUUCCAACACAGCUGUUCUGUCUUCAACACUGGACCUGCUGGAUCUCAGUGAACCUGGCGACAGGAGGAACAGCAAGGACAGGAAGAGUCCCCUGUCGUCCCGGGGCAACAGCCAGAAGAACAACCCUCACAGGAAGAAGACGGAUGAGACGGAGCUGAUCCAGGUGGAAGUUGAACAAACAGGACCAAGCAUGAGAACCCCAGAGAGGGCGUCACUAGACUCAGUCACCAUUGGUUCACCACUGGAUAAAUGGGAGGAGCUGAACCCCAACCCUGAGAGGAACGGCAACAGAAAAUGGAAGAUGGAGAGACGGCGUUCUUCUAAAAAUUCAUCCAAUGAGUUUCUGUGGUCCAUAGACUGUAAAACCCAAUUAGAGCCAUCAAAUAAGAACUCCUUGGAAGUAAAUACCAAAGUCGAGCCAGAGUCUGCCCUAGCAUCUCAACUCAACAGGCAGUAUAUUAGUGGAAGACAUGCUCGCCUAAGCAAGGAGCAGCGGUGGGGCAGCGCCCUCCUGUCCAGACACCAGUCCCUCGAGGAGGAGUUUGAGCGAGCCAAGGCUGCUGUUGAGUCAGAUACCGAGUUCUGGGAUAAGAUGCAGGCGGAGUGGGAAGAACUCGCUCGGCGGAACUGGCUGACGGAAAACGAGCAGGCGCAGAUUCCCUCCAGUGUCUCUCCACAUGAGAAGGGUUACUACUUCCACACAGAUAAUCCCUAUAAGGACUUGCCGAACGCAUUUGAAGAGGGACUAAAGAAAUCUCGAGAGGGAGACUUGCCAAAUGCUGUGCUUUUGCUGGAAGCAGCUGUCUUGCAGGACCCUCAUGAUUCAGAGGCCUGGCAAGUGUUGGGGACCACGCAGGCUGAAAAUGAGAAUGAGCAGGCUGCGAUUGUCUCCCUCCAGAGGUGUUUGGAGCUCCACCCAAACAACCUCCCAGCCCUCAUGGCUCUGGCAGUGAGCCUGACCAACACUGGUAUGCGCAAUGAUGCCUGCGAGGCCCUGCUCCGUUGGCUGCGACACAAUCCAAAGUACAAGCACCUGCUGAAGGGCAAGACACACCUGAUGGGAUCCCCAAACUCCCAACGCAGGAUGUCUCCCUGUCCAGUUAUUUUCUCCCUGCAACCUGAGGUCAAGGAGCUCUUCUUGGAAGCAGUUCAGCACAACUCUGACAGCAUCGACCCAGAUUUGCAGACGGGCCUCGGGGUGCUUUACAACCUCAGUGGAGAGUUCAACAAAGCUGUGGAGGCCUUCAAUACAGCCCUGUCAGUGCGGCCCGAGGACUACUUGUUGUGGAAUCGCCUGGGGGCCACGCUGGCAAACGGUGACCGAAGUGAGGAGGCGGUGGAGGCUUACACGCGAGCCCUAGAGCUGCAGCCGGGGUUUAUCCGAUCCCGCUACAACCUGGGCAUCAGCUGUAUCAACCUGGGGGCACACAGAGAGGCGGCCAGUAACUUCCUAACCGCCCUCAGCCUUCAGAGGAAAAGCAGGAGUCGCCAGCAGUCCCACCAGGUGAUGUCUGGAAACAUCUGGGCUGCUCUGAGGAUAGCUUUAUCCAUGAUGGACCAGCCCGAACUCUUCCAGGCUGCAAACAUUGGUGAUUUGGAUCUUCUCAUGCGGGCCUUCAACUUAGACAUUUGA